AUGAACGGCACAGGGGUGGCGAACGACACAGGCAACCGCAGCGCUACAGGGCUGUGCGAGCAGGUCCUGAUCCAGCCUGAGGUCUUCCUGACCCUGGGCAUAGUCAGCCUGCUGGAGAAUAUCCUGGUCAUCCUGGCUGUGGCCAAGAACAAGAACCUGCACUCGCCCAUGUACCUCUUCCUCUGCAGCCUGGCAGCGGCCGACAUGCUGGUGAGCGUCUCCAACUCGCUGGAGACGGCGGUCAUCUCCGUCCUCAACAACCGCUACCUGGUGGUGAGCGACCGCUUCAUCCAGCUCAUGGACAACGUCUUCGACUCCAUGAUCUGCAUCUCGCUGGUGGCGUCCAUCUGCAACCUGCUGGCCAUCGCUGUGGACCGCUACAUCACCAUCUUCUACGCCCUGCGCUACCACAGCAUCGUCACGGUCCGCAAGGCCCUGCUGGCCAUCGGCGCCAUCUGGGCCGCCUGCGUGGUCUGCGGCAUCAUCUUCAUCGUCUACUCGGAGAGCAAGACGGUCAUCAUCUGCCUCAUCACCAUGUUCUUCACCAUGCUGGCGCUCAUGGCCACGCUCUACGUGCACAUGUUCCUGCUGGCCCGCCUGCACGUGAAGCGCAUCGCCGCUCUGCCCGCCCAGGGCGUGGUCCGCCAGCAGACCUGCAUGAAGGGCGCAGUCACCAUCACCAUCCUGCUGGGCGUCUUCGUCUGCUGCUGGGCGCCCUUCUUCCUGCACCUCAUCCUCAUCAUCGCCUGCCCCAAGGACCCCUACUGCAUCUGCUACAUGUCCCACUUCACCACCUACCUGGUGCUCAUCAUGUGCAACUCUGUCAUCGACCCUGUCAUCUACGCCUUCCGCAGUCAGGAGAUGCGCAAGACCUUCAAGGAGAUCAUCUGCUGUUUCGGCGCCAGCUGCGCUUUCCGCUGCAAGUACUGA